UUGAAAAUGGCUGAUUUUUACGGAAUACCGUUUUAUAUUAUAUUCCCGGUGAUGAUCUUCGUAUCAUUUUAUCUGUAUGUGACAAGAAAUUUUGGUUAUUGGAAAAGAUUGGGAAUUCCUGAAGUAACUCCAAUGCCUUUCACGGGAUCAUUCAAAUUCGAUUUUUACUCCCAUCAUGGAAAAAGGGAACAAAAAUGGUAUAAGAAAUAUGGAAAAAUAUUUGGUAUAUACGAAGGUGCCGCUCCAGUUCUCGUGAUAGCAGAUCCACAUCUGUUGAAAAAUAUUCUGAUUAAAGAUUUUCAUGUAUUUUCCGAAGGGAGAGGUCUUCGUUUUGGAGACAAUAUCAUUGACAGAAUGCUUGUCUUUCAACAUGGAAAACAAUGGAAGGAAUUAAGAAGUAUAAUGACUCCAACUUUUAGUUCCGGAAAAAUAAAAAUGAUGAGCAAAUUAAUUGAUGACUGCGGUAAAACACUUACAAAUAAUUUCAUAGAAGCAGCUGAAAGCAAAAAAGAAAUUGAUGUUACCAAGUAUUUUGGUGCUUAUGCUAUGGAUGUAAUUGCCAGAUGUUCUUUUGGUAUUCAACUUGAUUCCAGAAAAGAUCUCAAUAAUCCUUUCUUAAAGGCAGUUAGACAAACUAUUAGGCCCAUGUCUUGGAGAACCUUAAUAGCUGUUUUAUUUCCUGGUUUGGCGAAGAUACUUCGUUUAUCUUUAUUUGAUCCAAGGACAUCUUUGUUCUUUAAGGAUGUUGCAAUGCAAAUAAUUAAUGAGAGAAAACAUCUGAACGAAGAUGAGAAACCACAAGAUUUUCUUCAAUUACUACUAGAAGCGGAAAAAGAAGAUUCUAAUAGCAAAAAUGGAAAAAAGACAUUAGAACUGGACGACGUCAUCUCCCAAUGUGUAAUGUUUUUUAUGGUGGGUUAUUUUACAACAGCAGCAACUCUCUCGUUUGUAGCUCAUCAGCUUGCAAUUAAGCCAAAAAUACAAGAGAAACUUAUCAAAGAAAUUGAUGAAGUUCUAAAAGGCAAAGAAAAAAUACACGUUGAUGAUGUGACUGAACUUAAAUAUUUGGAUGCCGUUUUGCAAGAAACUCUUCGAUAUUAUACGCCAGCUGCAAGAUUAGAACGCCGUCCAGUUGAAGAUUAUAAAUUAGGAGAUACAGGGAUUAUAAUUCCAAAAUCUACAUUAAUUAAUGUACCGAUUUACGCACUUAAUCACGAUCCUCAAUAUUUUCCAGAACCAGAUAAAUUCGAUCCCGAAAGGUAA